AUUAGCUACUCAACGUAUUGUUUCGCAGAUGUGGGGAGCACACUCCCAUCUGCGGCGAAAGGGCGGCGGUGGUUUGAAGCCGAGAAAGAAAGAGAUGAGGAGGAAUAACAUGUCGAAGUAAGGGGACGUUUUCUUUGUGUUAACAGCAGCGGAGCUCAUAUCGGUGUGUCUCAUCAGCCACCUACUAGCCUACUUCCCACCUUUACCACCACUGUUGAGGUAGCCAUGGCAACCAGUGCUGUGCCAAGUGACAACCUGCCAACGUACAAGCUGGUGGUGGUGGGGGAUGGUGGUGUCGGCAAGAGCGCCCUCACCAUCCAAUUCUUCCAGAAGAUCUUUGUGCCAGACUAUGAUCCCACGAUAGAGGACUCAUAUCUAAAACACACAGAAAUAGAUGGACAGUGGGCAAUACUGGAUGUGCUGGACACAGCCGGCCAGGAGGAGUUCAGUGCGAUGAGGGAGCAGUAUAUGAGGACAGGAGACGGGUUCCUCAUUGUCUUCUCUGUGACAGACAAGGCCAGUUUUGAACAUGUUGACCGAUUCCAUCAACUCAUACUACGGGUCAAAGACAGGGAGGCCUUCCCCAUGGUGUUGGUGGCAAACAAAGUGGACCUGGUCCAUCUGAGAAAGGUCACCACUGAUCAGGGCCAAGAGAUGGCUGCAAAACAUAAUAUAACUUAUAUUGAAACCAGUGCUAAGGAUCCUCCAAUGAACGUGGACAAAGCCUUUCACGAGCUCGUCCGUGUUAUAAGACAACAGGUCCCAGAGCGAAACCAGAAGAAGAAAAAGAAGAUGAAGUGGAGAGCAGAACGUUCCACAGGUUCCCACAGGUUCCACUGCACCAUAUUGUGACCUCCAUCGUCCUCUUUAUAAUUCUUACACACUUCUUCUUACAUACACCCACAUGCACACCCACGUACCUUUGGAUGUCAGGGAACUCCCCAGCAGUGGUUAGCUACUGGAGCACAAAAGGGUGGGGGGGCUGUCAGUGAGUGGCCAGAAGGAUCCAAAGGGACAGUGAAUCAGCAAUGUUGGAUUGAUGUCCCCUCAGCCCUUCACGAUGCCUUGAAAUGAGUGCUAUGUCUCCUCAAUUUAUGGCCGCCCCCUUCGAAGAUAUUUCGACCCCUCCCAUCUGUAUUUAAGAACUGUGUCACUGAACAGUUUCUCAAUCAAGUGUAAUUUUUGAAUCUAUUAUCAAACGUGGCACAAGAGGACAGAUUGAGGAGAAACAACAGAUAUCAGAAUCACCUUGAUGCUGGAACUUUUGUCUUCUUGAUAAAGGGAAGGAAAUAGGAGGCACUGACUCAAAAUGGCGCCUCACGUUUUAUGGACCUCCAACAACCAACUGGUCGUCACCUGUCUGUCCUCACACUCCUACAGUUUCUUGGAGAAAAGCACCCGUGUGAUCUCUAGAUACGUUGUCUUUGGUUGUCUGUGUUCUCUCUUUGUAGAGUGGACAUAGUGCGAUGAACAUGCGAUUGGUGACAGUGAUUUUUUUUUUCGUAGUGGAAAUAGAUGUCGUGUGGUGUUGUCGACGAGUGAACUGCCCAGUUCUGUGAGUAUGGCGUGUACCUCGUGGUCAUGUGACGCUCUGGCUUUGAGGUGUCAGUUGUGAGAGGGACGGAAAGACGUGUCGUAGCAAGUGGAAGAGAUGUGACGCUGAUGAUGCUGAGAAAAUGUGUCGUAUCGGUUGACAGGUGAUUGAUAUGGCCAUAUCAACUUUUUGAAUACGUAGUUAAAUAUUGUAAUUGUAAAGGAGAGCGGGAUUGGUCGGUGUAUGUGGUUACAUUUUAUUGUAAACGUUAACAGGGUUCUUAUCAACACUGUCAGCAGCCAUGUUUACAGACACUCUUAUAAAGGAUUAUUUUCCCGUGAAAACAGAACAGAACAGUAUAUCAGAGCCACUUUACAUCCAGUAUUUGAAAAGAAUUAUUUAGGUUGCCUUUUCAGUCAUUUUCAAUGGCAUGAUGUGUGCAGUCUUCAUCAGUGCUGUAUGAGCAACAGCCCUGGUUUUUAUUUUUCAUUUUUAGUCUUAAAAGAAUAUUUAACACAAGUUACUUUCCAUGUUUUUUUUGUAUCUAAAAAUAGAGAAAAUUACAAUUAUAUUUGUGAUAUAAAAUGUCUAAUUAUAGGUGGCAAUGUAAGCAAAUUCAAUGCUGUUUUACAAAUGAUCUGUAGGAAACAGAGCAGAUGAGAUAUAAUGAGAGCUUCACGUUUCAGAGCUGAAACAGGCUGGAGAAGCUGAUUUGCACUGGCCACUAACCAAAAUAAUGUGAUGUCACUUUAUUUCAAUCUAGGGGCUUUUUAGACUGCACCACUGAAUUCAGGAUGAAAGAUGCUCAGUAAAGGACAAUAUUAAGGAUAUAUAUACUGUAGCCUUGCGAGUACAUUAGAGUUAGAAGGCCUUCCUGAACAGGCAGAUGGGAUUCUCCUAGGGCUUAAAGCCAUGUUAACUUAGCUGCAGACUAUGUUCAGUUGUAGGAAAACCCUCACACUCAAAGCAACAAAACAUUCAGUGUAUUAGUGUCUGUAGAUUGAUAGGAAUGUACAAUUUAAUAACCUAUGAAAUGGCUUGUACUGUUAACGCACUAAAGUUUCGGUGGACAACUUUUUUUGUCUGGAUGAAUACCGUCUCUUGAAGGAAUACAUUUUUGCACUUUUAAUACAAUUUCUGACUUUCCUAUUGGCAUGUUGUUUUCUGUUCAAAUCUGUAAGUGAAAUGAAAGGCACAGUCAAAAUGAUUUGAAUGUAAAAUCAAAUAACAAAACAAGCAAAUAGGCAAUUAGCGUUGUAGCCCUGUGUGCCUGUGAAUGCCUGUUGCCUUGGCGAUGAUUGUGACGAAGUUUAAACUGAAUCAUUUGAAAGGUAUUGAAAGAAAAGUUCCAUAUUACUCCAUUUUGAAUUUUAAGAAGGUUGAGUAUAAAAAAUCUCAUAUAUUGAAUGCCAUACAACUUCACCUCAGCAUGAAAGUGGAAAUCAACCUCAGCAACAGAUGGAAUAUAGUAUUUACCUGCAUCUUCUGUUAAAGGGACUUCACAGAGAGUUUCCAGAGAGGGACAGAAAACAUUGAAGUACUGAUCAUAGAGCAAUGAAGCAACAGACUCUGGACUGAGGGAGAGGAAAAAAGUUAAAAAAAAAAAAAAAAAAGAAUGUGAUGAAAAUGUUGCAUCAUGUAUGUUUGAUACCAUUUUGUAUUAUUGAUAUGAAUUAUUGAUAUGAUUCUUGCAAAGUGUUUUUUAAACAACUGAAUAAUUUAUUACUGUCUAUGUUACCUCAGCGUGUCCCAGACCUGAACAAAAAAAAAGAAAAAAAAAUCUAAACCUUGUAUUUUUCUCUUUUUUUGUUUGUGUUUUUCCUUUGAGACUCUCAGUGGGUCAAAGGCCCCCAUAUGAAGAGACUCGUCAUGUGUUGUGGACCAAGAUGAAGAGUCUGAAUUUUGUCCAGAGCUUAAAAAAAAGCAUUAGGAUGUCUGCUUUAUCGGAGCUCAUGUGGACAGUGAAAACAUAAUCACACAAGGGUCAAAACAAGAAAGGUUUGUCGUCCAACUUUAAACGCGUCAUUGUCCAGUGAAAUAGUUCAACUUGUUGGGAAAUGCACUUUGUUGCUGUCUUGCUAAGAGUUAAAUGAGAGGAUUGAUACCACUAUUUUACCUGUAUGCUAAUAUGAAGCUACAGCCUUAGCUUUAAGACUACAAAUAAGUGGAAACAGCUAGCCUGGCUCUGUCUGAAAGGUAACAAGAUCAGCCAGCCAGCACCUUUAAAACUGCUUAAUUUGUAUGUUGUGUCUCAAUUGUUUAAUCCACACAAGUUUUGGUUUUACAUUUGUUUAUCCCCUGGAUUAUUUCUCACCUUUGGACAGAGGCAAGCGCACAGCUUCUCCCCUGUUUCCAGACUUUAUGCUAAACUACAAUAACCAGCUGCUGGUUCAAGCUAAAUAUUUUCCACACAGACAUGACAGUGGUUUCAAUCCUCUCAUCUAACUCUUAGCAAGAAAGCAAAUAAGCACACUUCCCGAACUAUUCCUGGAAGCAGACCAUGUUUUUGCUACCUUUCACAGAACAGUCAUGAUGGCUGGUACAAAUAAACCUGCUGAUAUAUUGCAUGGUUUUAUAUAUCACAAAUUACUCGACCCUGGAUUAUAUGUGAGCUAAAUUGAGCACUUUUGUUUUCAGUGAUUGGAGACGUAGCAUUCUUUGUCAAACGGACAGCAAAUAUUGUUGAAGUUACGCAACUGAUUUGAGUUGUGAAUAUCCUGAAACUGUCAGUAUGCAAAGGGCCGAGUAAACGACGACGACAAAACACAAAAAAAUCAACAUUUGGAGUUUUCACACCAGUUGUGUAACGUGUUUUUGGACAGGUCUGUUGUGUUCUAACUGGCUGUGUCAGACUGAGGAGCUAGACGAGGCACAAACAAACUUUGGCCUUUUUAUCUAGCCUCAGGGUUCGAUUAUAUUUCAAUAAAAAAAAGAAAAACUAC